UCAUUCGUUUACAGGAAAUGAAGCAUCUGUGUAUUUUACUUUUGCUUUCGAUGUGCCAUUUAUCAGUUGCUAUUACUCGAUUUUACGAUUGUGACGUGUACGGGCCCUCUGAUCCUAACCCCUAUCUCUCCCCCAAAGCUGGCUAUGACGAUAAAAUCUGCAUCCAGGAUUUUACGGAAGGCGUGUUCUACUGUAAAUGGUGGACAUGCCAAACCCCACCCUGUCCACGUGAUCAGGAAUUAAGCUCCGCCUACAACAAAUGCCCUUACUGUGAAGGUACCUGUAGUAAUGGCGGAGUAAUUCACGAUGUAGGAACUUCCUUUUUAUGUGCGGAUGGAUACAACAUCUGUCGCUGUGGUAAAACUGGUGUUGUGUCUACAUCCUAUGCAAUGACGAACAAGUUUUCCCUCUGUGGUGCUCCAAUAGAAGCAUGAUAAAAUUC